AUGCAAAUCAAAGAGUGCCGGUCCAUAGUUUCGUUUUCGAUGAACAACUUGCCCCCGACUCUAAAGAGGUUAGUGAUUAUAGAUUGCUCGAAUUUACGGUGUUUAGUGGAUCAAGGAGAAAAUACCAGCAUCAGUAGUACAUGUUCCCUUGAACACUUGGAAAUCAUGGUCUGUCCUCUUUUAGUAUCUUUAUCAUUGCCCAUUAGGCUCCAAAAUCUCCUGGUUGCAAAUUGCUCGAGGCUUGCUUCCUUAUCAUCGAGUGGCGAGUUACCCUCGGGCCUUAAACAGCUUUCGGUUAAGGACUGCCUUGGACUGGAAUCCAUUGUGCAAGCAAUCCAUGAAACAUCUUCUCUUGAACUACUUGAAAUCUGUAGGUGUGGGAACCUUAAAUCUUUACCUCAAGGGUUAAACAAGCUCAGCAAUGUUAAGAAGAUCAAUAUUUUGCUGUGCCGAAAUUUGGUUUCUUUGACCGCGAGUGGUUUGCCUACCAGAAAGCUCGAAUCCCUUCGGAUUAGUGACUGCCAAAGUUUAGCAGACCUUCCCAACAUGCAUAAACUCACUGCUCUGAAGAAACUGUCACUGUUUGAUUGCUCACCUGACUUUCCAUUUACAGAACAAGGUCUUCCUACAUCUCUAACAUCGAUUUCGGUCACGCUGCCUAAAUUUUGUCACUCGCUGCUUAAAUGGGGACUGCAUAAACUUACUUCCCUUAAAGAACUCUUCAUUGAUGGCCAGCAAUGUCCACAUGUGGUGACAUUUCCACCAGAAGGAUGUGUGCUGCCUCCCACUCUCACUAGUAUCACCGUGAUCAACUUCGGAAACCUGAGAAGCUUAUUGACGAUGGGGUUUCGAAAUGUCGGCUGUCUUCGAGAACUGUGGCUGCUCGAUUGCCCCGAAAUCGAAUCUCUGCCAGAAAAAGAUGUGCUUCUUUCAGUUCGGAAGCUAUAUAUUCGAAGGUGUCAUAUAUCGCUACUAGGCCAGCUGAUAAUGAAUCAGGGACCAGAGUGGUUGAAGAUAUCCCAUAUGCCUGAAGUUAUAGUUGAUCGUCAAAGCAUCAUUCCAAAGGCAACUUGGGAAUAG